UGAAUUUCGUUAUAAUUUUAAGAAAUAAAAUACGUAUUACGUAUUGUUGUGAUGCAAUCUGUAUCUCCGGUCAACUGCAAUGAACUUCUUCAGUUAACUAAUCUUGGGAUAUCACAAGGGAACAUAUCUUUCUCCUCCAUCACAAUGGAGUCGGAAAAAUAUAUCUGCGUCAGGGAAAAGGCUGGAGACGGAGCCCAAAUUGUGAUAGUCGAUGUCAACAACCCAACAAACGUUAUUAGAAAAUCAAUAUCGGCUACGUCAGCCAUUAUGAACCCUUUGAAACAAAUUCUCGGUCUUAAAGCAGGUCGAACGCUUCAAUUAUUUAACCUUGAACAAAAAAUUCGAAUGAAAGUACACGAAUUGAGCGAAGAAUCUGGAUUUUGGAAGUGGCUUUCUCCCGAAGUAGUUGGGAUUGUGACUCAGUCUUCAACUUACGGAUGGUCAAUCACAGGAAUAUCUGGACAACCCGGGGCAAAAGUGGCUGGAACUCUCCAACUUUAUUCGGUGGAUAAAAAGGUUUCUCAAAUCUUGGAAGGUCAUGUUGCCACAUUUUUUCGCUUUCAAUUGUCUACUGCGUCUAAACCGUCUCUUUUCUUUUCCUUUGCAACAAGAAAUCAAACUGGAGGGAAAGCUGACGAGCGUUUGGGUUUAAUAUUUUUCCUUACAAAAUAUGGAUGCUUGUACAUCCAGGAAGUUGAGUCUGCUCAAACAAUAUUUCAAAACAGAAUAUCCCAGCAACCCAUAUUUUUAACAUGUCCUCAAUCUUCAACCAAUGGAUUUUUGGGAAUAAGUCGAUCAGGACAAGUGUUAAGUAUAAGCGUGAAUGAUGCAGGGAUUAUCCAACAUGUCAAAACUGCGAUCAACAAUCCAGAUGUUGCUAUUUCUUUGUCAUCGCGGAUGAAUCAACCAGGGAUGGCAGAUGACUUGUUUGUGUAUAAAUUCAACCAACUUUUUGCUGAGGGAAAGUAUUCUGAGGCAGUCAUUGUAGCUGCAAAAGCUCCAGGGCAAAUUUUGAGGAAUGCACAAACAAUUCAAAGAUUCCAGCAUAUCCAACCAAUGCAAAAUCAGCCUUCCCCUUUGUUGAAAUACUUUACAUAUUUGUUGGAUACAGAUAAACUAAAUAAACAUGAGUCGGUUGAGUUGUGCAAGGUCGUCUUUCAGCAGAAUAGGAAGAGUUUGGUUGAAAAGUGGCUCAAGGAAGAUAAACUGGAAUGUAGUGAGGAGUUGGGUGAUUUGGUUCGCUCAUACGACUCAAAGAUUGCUCUUUCGGUGUAUCUUCGUGCUAAUGUGCCAAAUAAAGUUAUUGAAUUAUUUGCCGAGAAUGGUCAACAUCAGAACAUACUCCCAUAUGCCCAAAAAGUGGGAUACAGUGCAGAUUAUACGGCUAUUGUUCGAAAUUUGUUCAAAUCAAAUCCAGAACAAGCCACUCAGUUCGCUCUUAAUCUAUUACAAGGUGAAGAAAAGUUGGCUGAUUUGAAUAAUCUUGUACAAGUAUUUAUGGAAAGUCAAAAUUUGCCUCAGAUUACUCGAUUUCUAUUGGAAGCUCUCAAAAACAAUCUCCCAGAGGAAGCACAGUUUCAGAAUCGGCUUCUUGAACUCAAUCUGAUGCACGCUCCGCAGGUGGCAGAUACGAUUUUGGGGAACAAAAUGUUCAGUCACUACGAUAAACAGAAUAUUGCCAGGCUAUGUGAGCGAGCAGGCUUGUUUCAGAGAGCUUUGGAGAACUAUACCGACAUUUAUGACAUUAAAAGGGCACUUAUGAACGUCACGUCAUUUAAUCCUGAUUUUCUUGUCGAGUUUUUUGGAAAUUUAUCAGUUUCGGAUGCCAUGGAUUGUCUCCAGUCAAUGUUGCACAUUAAUCUCCGACAAAACCUUCAAUUGGUCAUUCAAAUAGCGUCUACGUACCACGAGUUGCUUGGAGUGAAUAAUAUUAUCCAUAUGCUUGAGAGCUACAAGACUUCUGAAGGUUUAUUUGUCUGCAAUGAAAAUGCCUUGUUCAAAAUAGAGGCUCGGUAUUUGUUAAGACUUAAAGAUCCAAAUAUUUGGAGAACUGUUCUAUCGGAUAAAAAUGAACACAGGAGAGCAUUAAUAGACCAGAUUGUGCAAACAGCUCUUCCGGAGUCACAGAGUGCAGAAGAUAUUAGUGUGGCAGUUCGAUCCUUUUUGGAAGCUGAUUUGACAAACGAACUAAUCGAGCUUUUGGAAAAGAUUGUGUUAGAGAAUACAAUGUUUAGUGAACACACGAAUCUGCAGAAUUUGUUGAUUUUGACUGCAUUAAGGAGCAGUAAAGCCAAUGUGUCAUCAUACCUGGAAAAAUUGGACAAAUACGACGCACCUGAAAUUGCUAGGAAAAUGAUUGAUAGUGGUCGGUUCGAGGAUGCUUUCAAUAUAUAUAGCAAGUUUGGAGAUAAUAAUAUGGCGAUUAUGGUUGAUAUGAUUAAAGAUUUUGAAAGGGCUUUGGAUUUUGCAGAAAAAAUUAAUGAGCCGACAGUUUGGGCCACGUUGGGUCGGGCACAAUUACGUGAUCCAGAAUUGGUGAAAUUAGGCCUGUCCUCAUACUUAAAAUCUGGAGAGGUAGCCGAUUAUAUGACAGUAAUCGACACUGUUAUAGCAUUGGACAGUUAUUGGGAUGACUUUGUCAAGUUUAUUCUCAUGGUGAGGAAGACUAUUCGCAACAGAACUACCGAUGAUGCACUUAUUUUGGCAUAUGCAAAGUGUGACCGACUUAACGAAUUGGAAGAAUUUAUACAAAUAUCUUCUAACCACGCUGAUAUAAAUAGAGUCUGUUUUGCUUGUAUUGAUAACAAUGAAUUCCGAUUGGCCAAAGUUGCUGCUUUGAAUAUUGUUAUUCAUGCUGACUCACUGCAAGAAGUGAUAUUAUAUUACGAAGAUAAAGGAUACUUUACUGAACUGUUGGACAUGAUGGAAUCCUCAGUUUCACUUGAACGCACUCACAUGGGAAUAUUUACAGAAUUGGCUAUUCUCUUUAUCAAAUACUCUCCAUUAAAGACAAAGGAACACGUGGAGAUGUUUUGGUCUAGAAUGAACGUUCCCAAAGUUUUGAGGGCGGCAGAACAGGCCCAUUUGUGGUACGAACUGAUCUUUUUGUAUGAAAAAUACGAAGAAUAUGAUAAUGCUGCUAGUACAUUUAUUGCACAUCCUUCUGUGGGUUAUCGAGACAUUCAGAUUAAGGAAAUAUUAAUCAAAGUUGUGUUAAUGUACUUAAUGUCUAGUGUGCCAGAAUUGUUGUCAGUUGUUCAAACAAAGCCGAACGCUCAGUAUGAUAAGUUGGAAUUGGCCAAACAACUCCAGGCUCAUGAUCUGAAACAAUUCAGAAAUAUAUCCUCAUAUUUGAUGAGACAGUCUAAUAGAUUUGUUGACUCUGUCGAGAUAUGCAAACGAGAUGAAUUGUACGCUCAAGCAAUUGUGCAUGUCUCGGAAUCUAAUGAUCCUGAACUUGCAUAUUCGCUUGUGCGAUUUUUCCUCGACAAAAAUUUGUUUUCAUACUUUUCUGCCAUUCUUUACCAUUGCUAUUCCUUAUUUUCUGCAGACCGUGUUUUGGAAUAUGCUUGGAGAUUCAAUGUGAAAAAAUUGGAAGAGAAGGAUACUGUUCGGACCGAGAAGGAAGAUGCCAAGUCUGGUGAAUUUGUACCUAUGAUUGGUAGAGUACAUGUGUACGAGUUUAUAGAUAAAUGUCGAAUUAUGUUAUUUCCAAAUGUUAGAAGAUAUGUUAGAAGACCAGAAAAAUGUAGAAAUGAGAAAAAAUAUUCAUCAGAAACUGUAAAGUUUUCUCCGAAUAUCUUGAACUCCAAGGUAUCUGUAACCAUCCAUCCCAUCAAGCAAUUUAGCUUCCGACCGAAGCUCAGCCUGAACAUAAUGAACUAUGUCGAAUAUAAUAAGUAUCCUAAUGAUUUCAAUGAAAAUCAAAAGCGUACGUUACGCCAAAAGUGUCAGAAUUUAAAACUUAUAAAUGGAGAAUUAAUUCUUGCACUUAAUGGAAACUUCCGUACUGCUGUCUGUUUCUUUCAAGAAUCUAAAAUUAAUUCAAUUUUAACUAAAGAACAUUUUAUCGGACAUCCUGGAGUUUCCAAGAUGUGCCAUUUAACUUCCCAAAAGUAUAUUGGUAUAAAUCAAAAAGUUAUUCGCCAUUUUAUAUCAACUUGUGAUUCUUGCAACCAUUUCAACAGUUUAUAG